AAAGGGAGAAGGGCUGGGCAGUGACUGUCAAAACGGAAACCACAACUAGGCUCCUCUGAAAGCAAAAAAUGAAAACGUUUGGAAAAUAAAGAUCUCCGAAGUACAGGAAGCUGAAUUCAGAGAGGCUCAGGCUUCCUGCAUAAAGCAUCUACUUCCUUUCCUGCUUCAACCAGUACUCUCAGUAUGAAUCCCACAGAAACCAAGGCUAAAAAAACAGAAACUGAAGAAAAAUCACAGUCAACCAAGGCUACUGAGCCUCAUGGGAAAGAUGCUCAUGGAGAAAAAGCAAAGGAGGACAAAAAGCAAAAAAGCCCCUCUAAGAAGUUGUUGGCCACAGAAACUAAGGAUCCUCUUGCUGGAAAAGAGACCCUCAAGCCUUCCGACCAGCCAACAGCAGGAAAACCAACAGAAGGCCCCCAGAACAAAGAAAAUAAAUCCCCGCCUCUAUCUGCACCAGUAAAAGUUGAAUCCAGUAAACCUUCUGAAAAGAGUUCUUUAGAUGAUGCUUUAGAUGACUUAAUAGACACAUUAGGAGGACCUGAAGAAAAUGAACCUGAAAGUCCAAAAUAUACCGGACCUCCUGUUUCGGAAUCACUUUCUUCCACUUAUAUUGAGGAGUUGGGCAAAAGGGAAAGCACAAUUCCACCAGAAUACAGAAAGCUAUUGGAAAGUCAUGAAGGGGCAGCCACAGGUCCACCUGACUCUGAGAAACCAAUGGGAGAAGAUGAAGCUAUCGAUUCCUUGUCAUCAGACUUCACUUGUAGUUCUGCAGCUCCAGGCAAGGCAACAGAUAAAGAGAAAGCUUCAGGAGGAGAGGUUUUAAAAGCCCAGUCGGUAGACUUAGUCAAAAGUGCUGUUCCUCCAGAUGAGAAGAAACGAAAGACAGAAGAGCUGUAUUCAGAGACAGCCUCCGAACAAGCUCUAGAUGAUCUUUGUGAAACACUUGGCACCCCAGAAGCUGAGCCUGAGAUGGAUACAAGUUCCUACAAAGAAGUCGAUGAGGCAAAAUCCAGAGAAGAAAGACUAAAGAAGUGUGGCGAGCGUGAGGAUACCCUCCCAGCCGACUACCAGUUAAAACCAGCAACGGAUAAAGAUGGGAAACCUCUAUUACCAAAGCCUGAAGAAAAGCCCAAGCCUAUGAGUGAAUCCAAACUUGUGGAUGAAUUAUCUAAAGAUUUUGAAAGUUCUGAACCUCAAGGAAAACAACCUAAACCAGCGGAGAAAACAAAAAAAUCCAAGACUCCAGCCCAUGCUCCUGUGAAAGAAGUUGUUUCAAAAACUUCCAUGUGUGUAGUUCAGGAAACCCCUCAAAAGCCUGCUCCAAAGCCUGGAGAGAUGCCAGAUGAUGCACUGGAAGCCUUAGCCGGCAGUCUAGCAAAGAAAGAAACAGAUCCAGAAGAAAAGAAACCUGCGGUGGAUAAAGUAAAGGAUGAAGAUGGAAAACUGCUUGACAAAAAACAGAGUGAAAAAAUUUCACCUAUGAGUGAUGAUGAUAUCCUCGACGCUUUGUCGGAGGGCUUUUCAUGUUCGAAAGCACCCGUAACCCAUGCAGCAGUAUCAGUAGCACAAAAAUCCAAAGACAAGAAACAUUCUACUAAGGCCGCUGUGAUGGCUGACCCCACACCAGCACCUACAACGGGCUCUGCAAGUCCACCUGAUGCCUCACAAAAAGAUGAGGGUCUUGAUGAUGCAUUUGAUCAACUCUCUAAAACUCUUGGAGAAAGAACCCCAGACCCUGAUGAGAACAAGCCAAUGGAGGAUAAAGUAAAGGAAAAAAAUAAAGCUGAACAUAGAGAUAAGCUGGGAGAAAGAGACGACACCAUACCCCCUGAAUACAGGCAUCUUCUUGAUAAUGAUGACCAGGGUAGUCCAGCAAAGCCUCCACCCAAGGAGCCCAAGAAUUCUGCAGAUGGUGGGGACCCCAUUGAUAUACUCUCAGGAGGGUUUGACAACUGUUCCCAGACUCCACCUCCAGAAGGUGCACAGAAAUUGACAAAGAAAAAAGAUGAAAAGGAUGUUUCUGCCACCAAACCUGCUAAGAAUGGUGGAAAAUCCAAGACAAAAGAGAAAUCUUCCAGGUCAAAAGCCGAUGGAGAAAAGACAAGUUAAAAGUUCAGACUACUGGGCUAUCUGCACAUGCUAGAAAAUCUUCAUUCAAAUGGUGGAUGGUGACUUUAAGCAAACCAAAGGCUGUUGCAGCAGAAGGCAAUUAUUCAGGGUGGCUUUUGUACAGUGGUAUUUGUGGAGUCUUUUGACAUUCUGAAAAUUUUAGUUUCAUGUUCUUUUCCAGGAAAGACUGGGAUAUGUCUUGGUUGCCUGUAUUAUUGUACUAAACAUUGAUAAACUUUUGUUUUAAUUUCUUCGUUUGGGAGGGAAAGGAUGCUUUAUAUUUUUAAGAAAUAUAUUUCAUAAAAAGUUACUUACAGCAACCAAAAAAAAGUCAGCAAACUUUUGCACAUAUUCUACACACAGUGCCUGUCAAUUUUAGUAGGUUUCUUCCAGUUUCCAAUAUUUUUUUUAAAACAUUUGUGAAAUGCUUUUGAUGUUCUGGAAUGUUCUGAUUGCUGGUUACCCACCGCCCCUUGUCUCUUAGGCAGUACUGGACAUUUCCUUGGGUGAAGGACUAAUAAGAAUUUAUAGGUUAAGUAUGGAGUAUUGUGUAAGGGGCACACUUCUCCACCACGGCUGCCGAUAAUAAAAGAACAAUAAAAACCCUGGAUAGUACCUUUUCUACAGAGCAGGGAAUAAAAUGCAUCAUGUGACAUUUUUCUCCUUAGUUCUUCUCCCCUUUUCCCAGAAGGCAGACUUUCCUGGACUUGCAUGCAUAAAGCAUACUGAGGCUGGGGUGGGAAGAUCCUUACCAGAACAGAAUGUGGCCAAUUCCUGUCACCCUGUGGCAAGAACAGACUCAGAGCUGAUGUCAAGCACAGAUAGAAAUAAGUUCUUGGAAUGCAUUUGUGCCUUCAACAAUUCAUUUUUGUUUUCAUAUUCAGUUCUGCAUGUCAUUGGAGAUGAAUGCAGGUGUCUCUGUUCAUUAUAUAAGACUUGAAUAUAAUUUUUAAAAGCAAUAUUAAAAUGUUAGUCUUUGCACUGUACAGACUUUAAGAAAAUUAAGUUUGCCAAGUGAGGACAAAAAUAAUUUUGCUGCUUAAAAAACAAACUACAAAACUUGGUGUUUCAUCUCCCUACAACAAUUUGAAGUCAAGCUCUGAGGUUUUAGAAUGAUGUUUCACUUCAAGGAGCCAUGAGCCCUGAGAUGGAGGGUUGGGUUUGGGUUUGAUGAGCCUUCUAUUGGUAUUGAGCAUUAAAAAUAACUUUAGAAGGCUUUCCUACAUGGGCUCUUCCAAAGUUUUGUUUAAGAUUGUACCAUUGCAAAAAGUCUAAGAACCACUGUUAUGAAGGUAUGAAUGGCUAAUAAAAUGUUCUGAAGGUAAAUGAGUUUAUGGACAUGGCACUGAACAUGCAGCUGAUAUUAACAGUUGCUUCAUAUGAUCUUUAAAAUUUUGAAUUCCUGAUGAUAGGAAGAGAUGCUAGGCUCAUAUCACAUAGACCAAAUUUGAAGAACUAUGUUUCUUCAUAGAGUGUAACAUCUCCAAACAGAACACAUAGAAAUUUCAUCUUUAAAGACAAUCCUCUGUGACAUUGACUUCCUUGAAGAAAUCAAGGAACUUUUAAAAACAAAAGAUGACAACCACCAAAACCCUGCUCCUGAUGGAGCAUACGCCCCAUGGAAUGGGUACCACAUCUGCACUUGUGUAGCGAAGCUUAAUAGGUUGUAGGUUCUGAUUGUGAGAGAAGGUUGUUGUUGUUAUGAGCAUUGGGGCAAAGAAGCCCAGAGAUGAUAAUUCAUUUCUGAAAAAAAAGGUAACUGUACUUUGAUGUGGGGAUGGUGUAUCAAUUUAAAAUAAGACCUUUCCACAAGUAGAUGAAAGCUAGUAUUCAACAUAAAAAAAUCACCACGUUUCGAUAAAAUAUACAAAUGGAUCCCAUUUUAUUUAAAACAACAAACUUUCCAUUAAAAUUACUUUCAUUA